AAAGGUAAUUGAAACCUACCCUAAGCAUCUUUUAUCUCCGCUCUAGAGGUAACCCCGAUUAUUGCUGACUUAAGCAUCGGAGUGUUUACCCCGAGGUCCACCUCGGGGCUUUGCAGGUUAUUCCGAAGUGCAGUUGCGGACUGUAGAAGGACUUCUGGUUCGUUGCAAUUACAUUGGCGCCAUCUGUGGGAACCGAACUGAAAGCUUUCUAGUUGCUCUUUCAUCAUGGUCCACACCCGAUCAGUCAGAGCUGGUAAUUCAUCUCUGCCUCAUGGGCAGGGUCAACCCCCCAACAACCUUCCACCUCUGAUCCCACCUCAGCUCCCACCUCAGCUCCCAACUCAGCUCCCACCUCAGGUCCCAGUUAUGUUCCCUCCUAUUGAUCAUGCAGAAGGAGGAGAUGAAAAUCAACCUCAUGCCUCAGCUCAUAAUUCAACUUCCACUGCCAAUCAAGACGUAGUGGCAGCUCAGCUUGCUGCCAUGCAGCAGCAGUUUGGUGUUUUUCAGUUGAAUCCUCAACCGGUUCAACCUGCUCCCGCUAUCAGCGAAUCUCAGGCUCAAUCCCACAUUGCACCCGCUCAACAACCUAUCCCUGAUGAUGUUACUCGCCGCCUCGAUAGCUUGGAAAAGCUAGUAGCAGAACACCGAGGUGCUCCACCCCCACACCAUGCUACUGAUUCUAUACCUCAUCCUCUGAAUACCAACAUUACACUGGAACCCUAUCCUGCUGGAUUCAAAAUCCCACAACUGAAGACUUAUGACGGGACGAAGGAUCCCGAUGACCAUCUACAUGCUUUUUACUCCUGCAUGCAAGCUCAGAACGCCUCUGACGCGUUGAUGUGCAAGAUCUUCCCCUCUACUCUCCGAGGUAAUGCCCGAACUUGGUAUUACAGUUUACCUCCGAGGUCAAUUAGCUCGUAUACAGAAAUGGCAUCUGCCUUUGCCACUAAGUUUUCCAGUAGAAGGUUGAUUAGGAAAACUACUUCUGAGUUGAUGAGAGUUAAGCAGAGGGAUGGAGAGUCUCUGAAGAACUAUAUGAGCCGGUUUAAUGAUGCAGUUUUAGAGGUUAGUUCUUUUGAUCAAGCUGUGGGAAUUGCAGCUGUAAUCUCUGGUCUCAAGCAUGACAGAUUCCGAGACAGUUUGAUCAAACAUGCUGCCACCACCUUUAGCGAGGUGAAUGAUCGGUCUCUCAAGUUUAUAACCGCUGAGGAGUACGCCCUGGCGCAAAACCCACCUCCCUCUAAGAACCAGAACCCAGAUUGGAGAGAUGACAAUCCGAGCAGGAAAAGGAUGAGGGUGGCGCAGAACAGAGGUCCGAUGUUGACCUCCCCACCGCGAUUCGGAAGGCCGAACUCCACACCCCCGCAGCAAUCUGCAGGUAAACCUCCAGUUAAUUGGAUUCCAUUUAACCUGCCGAGGUCGCAAAUUUUUAUGCAGAUUAAGAACAAAAUGGACUUGAGACGUCCUGGCCCAAUGCGAACUGCUGCUGCUAGUCGAGACCAUACCAGAUAUUGUGAUUACCACCAAGAUCAUGGCCAUACUACGGAGCAGUGUAACAGUUUAAAGUCCGAACUGGAAAAUUUAGCUCAGAAGGGAAUGCUGAAUGAAUAUGUUCAGAGAGCUGAACAGCCAAGGUUUGUUAGAGAGCAAAGGCCGCAGCCUCAAGGAGUCCGCAAUCCCCCAAAUAGACAAGGUGUGGGAUAUCAGCAAGCCCCACCUCCGCUCCCACCACCGGCUAGAAUCAUACAUAUGAUUACGGGAGGCCUUGAAGCAGGAGGACUGAGCUCUAAACAGCGAAAGCUUGCACCAGACAUCAUGUACUUCCACUGUUUCGAGAGUCUGGGGCUAGAUCCAGCAUUGUUGCAGAAAUAUGAUGGUCCUAUCUAUGGUUUCAACAACCAACCUGUUCCGGUAGAAAGAGCUCUUACCAUCCAUGUGGCUUUUGGGAGUGGCCAGACCUAUGUAACCCCUUCAGUCCGGUUCCUCGUCGUCAAGAUGCCCUCCUCUUUCAACAUUGAGGUGGCCAGACACUAUUAUAUCACCUCGGUAACACAACCAACGAAGGGCAAAGAUAAGACACCCGAGGUCAUUCCCCAGCGAAUUCCUGAUCAUCAGCAGGUUAUAGGUGUAGAGAUUGUAGAUAAUCGACCGGAUGAUGAAACCAGAGCUGCUCCGGUCGAAGAUGUCGAAGAAGUGCUCGUUGAUGACAGAGAUCCGAGCCGAAAGACGCAGAUCGGAACUAGAUUGAACCCGGAGGAGAGAGCAGAACUGAUAGCUUUUCUCCGAGCUAACAAUGAUGUAUUUGCAUGGACUUCGGCAGAUAUGCCAGGAAUUCCAACUUCAGUAUGCCAACAUAAGCUCAGUACCAACCCAUUGAAGAAACCAGUAGCCCAGAAGCGACGUCUCUUCGGGGGGGAGAGGCUUCAGGCUAUCAAAGAAGAGGUGAAGAAGCUCCUACAGGCUGGUUUUGUCAGGAAAGUUGAUUACUGUGAAUGGGUGGCUAACCCAGUUAUGGUGAAGAAGGCAAAUGGUAAAUGGCGAAUGUGCAUUGAUUAUACAAACCUUAACCACGCCUACCCCAAGGAUUGUUAUCCGAUGCCGAGUAUUGACAAAUUAGUUGAAGCGGCUUCAGGCAAUGAGAGGUUGAGCCUCUUGGAUGCAUAUUCUGGGUAUCACCAGGUGCCAAUGGCUCCCGAAGAUGAAGAGAAAACCUCGUUCUAUGCUGGCGAUGAAAUUUAUUGUUAUGUCAUGAUGCCGUUCGGCUUAAAGAAUGCAGGUGCUACUUACCAGAAAAUGGUGACCAUAGUCUUCCGAGCUCAGAUCGGCAAGAAUCUGGAGGUGUACGUGGAUGACAUCGUAGUAAAGAGUCUGAAAGCAGAAAACCAUCUAGCCGACCUCGAAGAAACCUUUAACAACCUCAGAAAGAACCGGAUGCGGUUAAACCCAGCCAAGUGCAUCUUCGGAGUGGAGUCUGGAAAGUUUCUAGGUUUCAUGGUGUCCCGAAAAGGAAUUGAGGUCAAUCCAGAGAAGAUCAGAGCAAUUGCCGAGAUGGAACCCCCGAAGUUAGUGAAAGAUAUACAGAGGUUGACUGGAAGGGUGGCAGCUCUGCAUCGGUUUAUCUCCAGCUCGCCACCUCUACUGACUAAGGCUAUAGAUGGGGAGAUUCUUUAUUUGUACCUGGGGAUUUCAGAUGAGGCCAUUAGUUCAGUUCUGGUGAGAGAGGAAGCCAGGCAACAGAAACCAAUCUAUUAUAUCAGCAGUGUAUUACACGGAGCAAAGCUGAGAUAUCCUAUAGCGGAGAAAGCAGCACUAGCAGUUGUCACUUCGGCUAGGAAGUUGAGGCCAUAUUUUCAGUCACACCCAAUUAUCGUUCUCACAGAUCAACCUCUCCGGCAGAUUUUGCAAAAACCAGAAUGCUCUGGAAGAUUAAUUAAGUGGGCAGUAGAACUGGGGGAGUUUGAGAUCACGUUUCAGCAGAGAUCGGCAAUCCGUGCUCAGGCACUAGCAGAUUUCAUUGUCGAAUGCACCCCAUGUCCUUCAACCUCUACUCCAGAGCCCAACGACUGGACCUUAUAUGUUGAUGGAGCAUCUAGUAGCAAGGGUUCAGGGGCUGGAGCUCCCUUGAUUGGUCCAGAGGGAUACCGAAGUGAACAUGCCCUGAAGUUCAACUUUGAUGCGACAAAUAACAUGGCUGAGUAUGAAGCUCUGCUACUUGGUCUACAACUAGCAUUGGAGUUGAAAAUCUGUGCAAUUCAAGUAUACAGUGACUCCCAACUAGUAGUAAACCAAAUCAACUCAAUCUGUGAAGUUGUUGAUCCUGUGAUGGUGAAAUAUGCAGCCUUGGUGGCCGAGCUGAAAUGCAAGUUCCAGAAAUUCUGUUUGAAUAAAAUCCCCCGAGCCAAGAAUGAACAAGCAGAUUCACUCUCCAAGUUUGCCUCUGAUAGUUCUUUAAGUUCCAGAUCCGUUUUUGUAGAGGUCUUAGAUGAACCAAGCUUCAUGAAGCCUCGUGUGAUGGAGAUUAGCACAGACCCUGACACGCCGAGCUGGACUGAUUCCAUUGUCUCCUUCUUACGAGAUGGGAUAGUACCUGAGGACAAGCAGGAGGCAAUGAAAUUAAGGAAGAAAGCAUCUCGGUAUACACUCGUUGCUAGAGUCCUGUAUAAGAGAUCUUUCUCACUCCCUCUUCUAUGGUGUUUGAACCCCUACGAAGCUGAAUAUGCACUUCGAGAGGUGCACGAAGGUGUCUGUGGGAGCCAUGUUGGUGCCAGGACUCUAGCUCACAAAGUCUUAAGACAAGGAUACUACUGGCCAAACAUGUACAAAGAUGUCACUUGCUUUGUUCAGAAAUGCCCGAAAUGUCAAUUCUUCGCACAUCUGACUCAUCAACCAGCAGAAGAGCUCACGAACUUGUGGGUUGAAGCUCGACCUUUAUCUAGUCUUACCUCUAAGAAAGUUGAAGAUUUUGUUUUCAAUUCGAUCAUCUGCAGAUAUGGGAUCCCAAAUCAGAUUGUGGCUGAUAAUGGAACUCAAUUCAAUUGCUCCUCAUUUCGAGAUUUCUGCUCCAAUUAUGGGAUCAAGUUACAGUUCACCUCCGUUUACCAUCCGGAGUCCAAUGGCAUGGUUGAAUCUGUUAACAAAUGCAUUCUGGAAGGUAUAAGGCCGAGAUUGGAACAGCAUAAGGCCAAGUGGGCAGACGAGCUCAACAACGUCCUCUAGGCAUAUAGAACCACGAGCCGAACUGCCACAGGUGAAACACCCUACCACCUGGCCUUUGGUACCGAAGCAGUCAUUCCUGUUGAGAUAGGAGUCCCAAGCUUCCGGGUCACCCAUUUCGAUGAAAAACGAAAUGGACAACUGCUUCGGGAAAACCUUGAUCUGCUUGCUGAAGUCAGAGAAGAAGCUCGGCUUCGAACUCUUGUAUACAAGCAGAAACUAGCCAACUUCUACAAUAAACGGGUCCACCCUCGAACAUUCAAAGUAGGAGACCUUGUUCUCAGAAAAGCUGGCCUAACGGGGUUUGAAACUCGUUUUGGCAAACUUGCCCCAAAUUGAGAAGGCCCUUAUGCCGUGGCCGAGAAAUUUUACCCCUAAUAACAUUCUUUCAAGUGUUUUAAGUCUUGCUGUUCUUUACGUUUCUCACUUCGUGUUUAUUGAGAAUCAUUUUACCUCUUAUUCUAUGUAUCUGAGGUCAAUCAGUUCAUUCACUUCUAUUAAUAAAUGUCACUUCACAUU